GCCAGUGUAAAUACCGGAUACCAGUAACGUGUUUCCACCGUCCAGGGUCUGCUGCCGCCGCGCACGGGCAGGAGGUUCUCAUCUGUGCGACAGCGCGGUCACGUCGCCGUAGCGCACAUCCCACGUCAACAGAAUGGAUAGAGCAGAGUCAAUUACUACAGCUGCAUCGACGUCCGAGGGCUCUUCUCACGGACCUGCGAUCUCGCGGCUCCCUGUGGAGGUCUGCGAACGGAUCAUCGACUACCUAGCUGCGGGAUGGGAUACGGGUCACGUUGUUGCAAAGGGCGAGCCACAUCUGACCACUCUCACAUCCUGCGCCCUCGUAUGCCAAGACUGGUACUACCUAACGUGGUACCAUCUUCGUCAACGCAUCCAUCUACGAGACCGGACGGACGUCCUCUCGCUCUCCAAGACGCUCCGCGCAAAACCUCGCCUCCGUGAGGUCAUUCAGCAGGUCGUCAUAUCAGGUGGUUCUCCCGGGGAGCGCCAACCGAUCCGGCACCUGGGGACGUUUGCCGCUAUGCUCGCGGGCAAGGCUCCUAGGCUGUCGAGGAUCACCAUUGAAGAUGCUGAGUGGACCAUCGGCUCGGUCCGAAUGGAUGACAUCGGCUUCCUGGGGGUCUUCAGCUCCAUUGACGUUCUUUGCCUCUACAAUGUCACCUUGUCGAGCGCCGCCCAGCUGUCCCACCUCGUUUCAGCACUCCAGCGGCUUAGGUAUUUAUGGUGCUCCAAUGUUGACUGCUUGCAGAAACAGCACGUCUCCCCGGCCUCUCUCCCACUGAACUGUGCAAGUCUGAAGUAUCUCGAUGUGCGAUGGGUUGCACCAGCAGUCGAAGACCUCUUCGUGCAGAUCAGCCGGGCUUCUCGAGUGCGCGAUCUCGCUCUUGGGGUGGACGGCGAGUUGGAUCCAUCCUCGGCAGCCAGCAGAGGCCAGACUUUGCUGGAUGCGAGUUCCACAUCUGCAGAAGUGGUUCGACUCGAUAUCGAUCCCAGUUCUCCUGUUCGUGACGAUGCAAUUGAUGCCACAGUCGGCAGGUUUUCCUGGUUAUCUCUCGCGCCACGUCGCUGA